CUCCCAAUGGCGGAUGGCAGGCUGCGGUGCCAGCGAAUUGGCUGCGACGCGACCUUCACCGAACAGGACAAUCCUGAAGGCUCGUGUCAGUAUCAUGUUUCGGUAAGGCGCCCGUUCUGACUUCUUCUUGGCUUGAAUUGAAAACAUUCCUCGCAUUCGUCUAGAUACUGCUUUGAACUUAGAAUUUGUUUAUCAUUCCAAUUUCCGUAUCGCUUGUGCGCAUUAGGUUAAUUAGGAAGCCUUGGUGCGACGCUUUGAUAUAGUUAAUUGGGUUCUGGAGUUUCAUUCAAUUCUAAUGCUUCGGGUUUAAUCUUCCUAUUGUGCUGUUUGGAGUUUGAUAUGGUUGAAGAACACUUCUCAAUUCUCAUCCUUGCCAAACUUGAUUUGUAAUUUGUGGAUUCAGCCAAGUGGCGUUGCCAAUGUUACUAUCUCUGAAAUAGCUAUGUUGGAAUCCUGUUUAGGUUCAACAAGUUGUAGUUAUUGACAAUGAUUUUGCUAUGACAUCCCUAACGAGUUUUAGUGAUUGUCCUUUUCAUUGCAUGGUUCGACUGGGUUUGGAUGGCUGAUGGUCUUUGCAUCAGGGUGUAAGUCGCUUGGGCUCCAAAAAAAAAAAAAUUAUAUUCUUCAUCUUCAAAUCUUAUAUGCUUUCCAUUACUUAUUUUGAGUCUAUUAUUUGAUUCUGGAUGUCGUUUCGACAGCCCAUGUUUCAUGAUGGAAUGAAAGAGUGGAGUUGUUGCAAAAAGAAAAGUCACGAUUUCAGCUUAUUCAUGGAAAUUCCAGGAUGUAAGACAGGUAAACACACUACCGAGAAGCCAGUAGUGGCAAAGGUGAAUCCAUCCCCAAAGGCUCCUGUCUCUAAACCCUCUGUGCCUUCUACGACAAGUGCACCCUCCAGAGAACUUUGUCCAAGGUGCAAGCAGGGUUUCUUUUGCUCUGAUCAUGGUGCACAACCGAAAAAAGAUGCCGCCCCAGCUAAAAGUAACAGAGAGAUUCAAGCUUCUGCUCCUCCUCCGCCUAAGAAGAAAAUUAAUAUCAAUGAGCCCCAAACCUGCAGGAACUCCGGAUGUGAUCAAACUUUCAAGGAAAUAAACAACCAUGAUACUGCGUGCACCUAUCAUCCAGGGCCUCCUGUUUUUCAUGACAGGAUCAAAGGGUGGAAGUGUUGUGACAUCCACGUAAAGGAGUUCGAUGAGUUCAUGAGCAUUCCUCCCUGCACCAAAGGAUGGCACAACGCCAAUCCGACUUCUUGAUCUCGAACACAGCAUUCCUCCCUGCAUCAUCAACAAGUUAGUCUCUUCAUCUCUCCUUCAUGGUCAAUGUCUGCGAAAACAGUAUCUGCUUCUACUGUAAGUCCGUAACAUACAUCUCCAUUAUCUCUUGGAAAGCAUCUCCAAGGUCAGAUGGGCCUUGACUGCAAAGCCUUGCGGCCCAUUUAUCAUUACCGGGCUGGAACAGUCCGAGAUUCUGGACUGGUGUUGUGGACUAUUAUUAUGAGGUAUUAAAUGGUAUAAUGCAGAUUGAACUGGAAUAAGGUGAGGCAAUAAUAUAUGAAGGGACAAAAUAAGAGAAGAGCCAACACCAUUUAUUCAACAGAGCCUUUGCAAAAGAAGAUUAGGGGAAUACAUGUUAGAUAGCUAUCACGGGUCCUAUGAUGGCUGCCAUUAAUUCUCUCUCUCUCUCUCUCAUUGAAUGUUUUUCUUGCCCUUUCGUCUUUUCUCUGUCCCCAAAAACAGAACUGCUGUGGGGCAGCCCUACCCUUUCCUCAACUUCCCUU